GACGGCUGCGUUCGGUCCCGGGGCCUCAAACGCUGCGCUGGCUGCGCAGGCCACGGAAGCGGCCACUACUGCCGGCCCCGCCAGCGCCCUCCCACGUGCGGCGCAGCCGGGUGGGCUGAGGGGGCGGCGGAGUGGGAGCCGGGGAAGUUUGGCGACCGCGGGCGAGUGCUGAGAUCCCGAGCCAGGCUCCAGGCUGAGGUCGAGGGGCGGGCGGACCGGCUCACGGACGUCCCCGAGCUCGCGGCCGUCGUCUCGCGGCCUCUUUUCUGGAAGUGUUUAAGCUUCUAAAAUGUCAUCGAUCAAGCACUUAGUUUAUGCAGUUAUUCGUUUCUUACGGGAACAAAGUCAGAUGGAUGCUUAUACUUCUGAUGAACAAGAAAGUUUGGAAGUUGCAAUUCAGUGCCUGGAGACUGUUUUUAAGAUCAGCCCAGAAGAUACACAUCUAGCAGUUUCACAGCCUUUGACAGAAAUGUUCACAAAUUCCUUCUGUAAGAAUGAUGUUCUGCCCCUCUCAAACUUAGUGCCUGAAGAUGUGGGAAAAGCUGACCAAUUAAAAGAUGAAGGCAAUAACCACAUGAAAGAAGAAAAUUAUGCUGCUGCAGUGGAUUGUUACACACAGGCAAUAGAACUGGAUCCCAAUAAUGCGGUUUAUUAUUGCAACAGGGCUGCUGCACAAAGCAAAUUAAGUCACUAUACAGAUGCAAUAAAAGAUUGUGAAAAAGCAAUAGCAAUUGAUUCAAAGUACAGCAAGGCCUACGGGAGGAUGGGGCUGGCCCUUACUGCCAUGAAUAAAUUUGAAGAAGCAGUUAGAAGUUAUCAAAAGGCAUUAGAUCUUGACCCUGAAAAUGAUUCCUAUAAAUCAAAUCUGAAAAUAGCAGAACAGAAGUUAAGAGAGGUAUCUAGUCCUACAGGAACUGGAUUGAGCUUUGACAUGGCCAGCUUGAUAAACAAUCCUGCUUUCAUUAGUAUGGCAGCAAGUUUAAUGCAGAAUCCUCAAGUUCAACAGCUCAUGUCAGGAAUGAUGACAAAUGCUAUUGGGGGACCUGCUGCUGGAGUUGGGGGUCUGACUGACCUAUCUAGUCUCAUCCAAGCGGGACAGCAGUUUGCUCAGCAGAUACAACAACAGAAUCCUGAACUUAUAGAGCAACUGAGAAAUCAUAUCCGGAGCAGAUCAUUCAGCAGCAGCACUGAAGAACAUUCCUGACUUGAUCAGGGAUGUUAUCCCAGAAUGAAAAUGGUUUAUCGCUAUGAAGUGUUCAGUGUAGAUAGUAGCCAAAAACAAAACAAAACAACAAAAAGCACCAAAAUAACAGAAGAAAACCUCUUGUGUGUAUUCUUAAAGAACAAAUCUGUUUAGAAAAUAGGUUUAUCACAGACUGGAACAUGACUCCUUUGGAAAUGAAUGCUCACGAGCCUUGUUAAGUGCCAGUACCACACUUGGACAAGGUUCCAUCCAUUUUCAAUCUUUUAUCAUAUUUGUACAUUAGACUUAAUAUCAGAGUAUAUUUAUUGAAUUGUA